UGGGUGAGUCCUCUGCAGGUUUAACUUCCUGGAUCAGGGAGUAUAUUAGAGGCCGUGUGUCUCUCUUCCUCACUCACUUCUCAGACUUGUAAACAGUCAGAUUCAAAGUGUUGGAGAAAAGAAGACUGGCUAGCGCCUGUAGACCUUCUGCUUCAGAACACAUAAUGGCUCUGUCCUUGUUGCUGGUUCUCCUGGCGGUUGUUUCUACUACCUUGAGCAUGAACCCAGGAGUGACGGUCAGGCUGACCAAUAAAGGCCUUCAAUAUGGUAAACAACUGGGCAUGGACGCCCUGCAGGGGCAACUCAAAUCUGUCCAGAUCCCAGAUUUUUCAGGCUCACAAAGAGUGUCUCCCAUUGGUAAAGUCAAGUACAGUUUAACAAACAUACGGUUGGUGAAUGUGGGGCUGCCGAAGUCUGCGGUGGAUCUGGUGCCAGGGACGGGGGUGAAGUUGACUAUCGGAGAUGCCUUCAUGAAUCUGCAUGGAAACUGGAGGGUCAAGUACCUCAGAAUAAUUAAGGACAGCGGCUCUUUUGACGUGGGUGUCACUGGACUCUCAAUCAGCACAACUGUCGCAGUGAAAAGUGACCAGACGGGUCGACCUGUGGUCAGCAGUACCAACUGUGUAGCCAAUGUCGCCAGUGCCAAAGUCAAGUUCCAUGGGGGAGCCAGCUGGCUUUACAAUCUCUUCAGCAAGUUCAUAAACAAGGCUCUUCGUAACGCUCUGCAGAAACAGAUCUGUCCUCUGGUCGAUAAAACAGUGGCAGGUUUAAACCCUAAGCUGAAAACGCUCAAUGUGCUGGCCAAGGUGGACAAAUAUGCAGAGAUUGAAUACUCCAUGGUGUCAUCUCCAGCUAUUUCACAAGCUACUCUUGAUCUGAACAUGAAGGGGGAGUUCUACAACAUUGGGAAACACCAGGAGGCUCCUUUCACCCCUGCAGCUUAUUCCCUCCCAUCCGAGAACAACAACAUGCUGUACAUGGCCCUCUCUGCCUUCACUGCCAACUCUGCAGGUUUCGUCUACAACAAAGCUGGAGUCCUCAGCCUCUAUGUCACAGAUGACAUGGUCCCCAAAGGCUCACCCUUCCGACUCAACACAAAAACAUUCGGGAUCUUCAUCCCAGAGAUUGCAAAGCAGUACCCAGGUUUAAUGAUGAAGCUGCUGGUGAGGGCAGAGCAAAAUCCCACUGUCACUUUCCAGCCCAAAAAUGCAACUGUUCAGGCCAACGCCAUGGUGACGGCGUAUGCCAUCCAACCUAACGGGACACUGUCCCCUCUUUUUGUCCUAAACUUGGAGAGCAGCGUGAGCGCAAACGUGUUUGUCAGAGAACUGAACGUUGCUGGACGUCUCACUCUGAACCAAAUGAAAUUGUCCCUGGGAACCAGUUAUGUGGGACAGUUUGAUGUUGGCUCCCUUGACAGUGUGCUCAGAAUGGUCCUCAAAGUGGUAGUGAUACCCAUAGUUAAUGUUCAACUUGGAAAGGGUUACCCACUCCCUGCACUCGGGAAGAUGAACCUGGUGAACCCCCAGCUUCAAAUCAUGAAGGACUACAUGCUGAUCGGGACCGACGUUCAGUUUACAGGUUGAACUGAAAACACCCCAACAUGGAAAGAAAACAGCUGUUAUUCCAAAGAGAAAUAUAAAUUUUUUAAUAUCAGUUCAGAUAUUUAUCAUUUUUGUAUUUGGUUGUUUUGUUUGUUUUUUUGGCUCCAUGUAACUGUGGAUGAGGCGCUUGUGUUACUGCUGUUCUCUAAUAACAGUCGACUUUCUGCAGGGCAGAGUCCUAUUCAGGAAAAAUUCUUCCCUUCCAAAGCAGAUCACAGCAUUAUUUUCAGCUGCUGACUUUAGCCAAAUCCUAUUUCAAAUUUCCUGGCUUAGAGGAAUGAUGCUGUGAAUGUGCUGAUCUGAACAGUUCUCCUGCAGCCAGGAGAAUUGCAUUACAAAGUCAGAAUAAUCAAUCAAAUGCAACAGGGACAAAAAUCAAUCAACCACAGUUGAGUGUUAUAAAGACACUAUUAUUUAUAAAAACAGCAUUUUAGUAACAUAA